GGCUCAGAUGUCUGUCUCUCUCUCUCAGAAUGUGUCUGUCCGUUCUUCGUGUCUGUAUGUGAGUUCGGGAUCUCCUCAUCAUGUCCUCCGCGGGUGCUGCAGGAGCGUGCGGACCCGGACCAACACCGGGACCGAAUCAUGGCGGUUCGGGUCCCGCGUGCGGCGCGUCCAACCCGCGAAAGUUCAGUGAGAAGAUCGCGCUGCACACGCAGAGACAGGCGGAGGAGACGGCGGCGUUUCAGGAGGUCAUGAUGGACCUCACCUCCACACGGAUUCAGGCACAGAAGGUCCGAUUGGCCAGAACUCAGGGCCCGUAUUACAGCGGAUCUCUGCCCAACGUCAACCAGAUCGGCAGGAACAUAUCUGACCUGCAGGGCUCGUUUCAGUCUCCUCUGGACUCCAGAUACUCCACACGGCAUCAUGGUCUGGUGGAGAGAGUUCACAGAGACAGACGCUUCAUCUCUCCCAGCAGGCCUUACAGAAGACAA